AUGCCAGUCCUCAGCGACGAGGAUCACCUCCGCAUACAAAAGGCUCGAAUCGGUGAGACGUGCGAGACCCAGGAUGUGGAAGUCGUCGACCUGCCGGUGCAAACGAAGGAGUCGCUGUGCACGGAAGACUCCGGCAGGAGACCCGGUCGCAGAAGCAAGCUGCUUGGCCGCGCGGCGGAGGCUCGGUGGAAGCUUCGCCGAAGCGAGCUCGAGAUGCAAAGAGAGCUCAGCCGAACGCUGAAGAGCACACUGUACCUAGCCACAUGGAAAGGUACAGAUGUUGUGAUGAAAUGCGUUGAGGUCCCGGAGACUUACGACAAGAAAGACGAACCACAGCGAAAAAGUUCCAAGGAGAAGUUCGAUUUAACCGCAUCACGUCCGCUCCAUGCCUCGGAGGUCAACCAGGACCUUCUGGAAGAGUUGCUGCACGAGAUCGAACUCCUUUCCUCGCUGCGGCACCCAGACUUGGUCCUGUUCAUUGGAGCCUGCUUGGACAGGGACUCUCCUGUCAUGUGCGUCACCGAGUACAUGCCUGGUGGAGAUCUGGAGCGCCACUUCAUGGCCAUGCGAAAGAAGCACCAGACGCCGACGUGGCGACCACAAUUCCAUCAGCUCUUGGAGUGGAGCUUAGCUGUUGCGCGUGGCCUCAGCUUUCUGCACACCCGAGAGGAGCCGAUCGUUCAUCGGGACCUCAAGCCGCUCAACCUGUUGCUGACAAGACACGGCGAAGUGAAGAUAGCAGACCUUGGCAUUUCGAAGAUGAUGGCAGCCGUGGUCGGUGACGUGUACAUCAUGACCGGUGGAGUUGGCAGUUGGCUAUACAUGGCGCCCGAAGUCGUCAGGCAUCAGCAAUACAACGAGAAGGUGGAUAUCUACGCCUUUGGCCUCAUCAUGUUUUUCAUGAGCUCCGGACGGCACCCUUUCCACGAGAUAUCCAAAGAUCCAGAAGUUGUUUUGAGAGAGUUCUCCUUAGGCAAAGAGCCGAGGCCCAACGUUACCGAGUGCCACAUGGCACUGCGAAGCCUGAUGGCUGAAAGUUGGCAUAUCAGCCAUCAGCAGCGGCCAUCGGCUCAAAAGAUUGUCCUCCAAUUGCGCGAGGCUGCGGACAACUACACGCCACCUGCGUGCUUCUGCGGCCGAGCUUGA